AUGGGGAUUUGCUUCAGCAUUGAAGAAAAACACGUUUCCCUCUCCGAUUCUAAACCAAAACCUAAUUCCAAAGGUUCGGUUGGAAAUGAAUCCGCUGCACCAAUAGGUGCUACUGGUUCCAUGAAUAUCAAAGAACUUCGUGAAGGUGCUGGAUACAGCAACGUUCAUAUUUUUACCUACAACGAAUUGAGGCUUUCGACCAAGCAGUUUCGUCCUGAUUUCAUUCUUGGAGAAGGUGGAUUUGGUGUUGUGUAUAAAGGUGUUAUUGAUGAUAGUGUUAGACCCGGUUAUAAAUCCACUGAAGUAGCUAUUAAGGAACUUAAUCGCGAAGGCUUUCAAGGCGAUAGGGAAUGGCUUGCUGAAGUUAACUAUUUGGGUCAAUUUAGUCACCCGAAUCUUGUGAAGCUCUUUGGAUACUGCUGUGAGGAUGAACACCGCUUGUUGGUCUAUGAAUACAUGGCUAGUGGGAGCUUGGAGAAACAUCUUUUUCGCAGAGCCGGCUCAACAUUGACUUGGUCAAAAAGAAUGAAGAUUGCUUUACAUGCUGCAAGAGGGCUUGCUUUUCUUCAUGGUGCAGAAAGGCCAAUCAUAUAUCGUGACUUUAAGACUUCAAAUAUCUUGCUAGAUGCGGAUUUCAAUGCAAAGCUUUCAGACUUUGGCCUUGCGAAGGAUGGGCCAAUGGGGGACCAAACACACGUUUCAACACGAGUAAUGGGCACAUAUGGAUAUGCUGCUCCGGAGUAUGUCAUGACUGGGCAUUUGACUGCUCGAAGUGACGUGUAUGGUUUUGGGGUGGUGCUACUUGAAUUGCUUAUUGGUAGGAGAGCACUAGAUAAGAGCAGGCCCAGCCGAGAGCACAACUUGGUUGAGUGGGCACGACCGUUGCUGAAUCAUAACAAGAAACUUCUGAAAAUUCUAGACCCGAAAAUAGAAGGGCAAUACUCAAGUAAAACUGCAACAAAGGCGGCACAUUUAGCAUACCAAUGUCUUAGCCAAAACCCGAAAGGCAGACCUCUAAUGAGCCAGGUUGUUGAAAUCCUUGAAAACUUUCAAUCAGAGGGGGAAAAUGAUGAAGAUCAGAUCCUUCAAAGUGGUGGUAGCAGUAUAACCCUUUAUGAGGUUCCAAAUAGCAGCAACGACACUCCAUCUUAG